ACGUUGACAUGAGAAAAAUCAAAAAAUUUCACGGGUUGGAAAGAUUCUCGGGAAAGAACGGUCAUGUUACCCUAUAUUCUCUACGGACGACUCUUGCAGUGACCGACUUCACACCUCAGAAAAAAUUUUCGAGCAAUUUGUCCCUUUAAACCAGAGCCACAUGUAUAGCAGACGUUCACGAGCAAAAAUUGAAGAAAAGUUAAGGAAAUAAGAGAGACAUGGACGUAUCGACGCAAACAAUCGACCCGAUCGAAAGGAAAAACUUUUCGAUGCAGACAGGUGGUUGCGGAGAGUGGGAGGUGAGAGAAAAGGAAGAGGGAUCGAAGGAGGUAGAAAGAUUUCCGGCGGGAUAUAAGAAGAUCGGGAAGGGACGGUCAAUAAAACAGGCCACGGCGAGUCAGACCGCAGCGCCCAAAAACAAAGGGACGCAGGUAUUUCUGUGGCGGCUCGUGCCCAUCGAAAUCGGUGAGGGAAAAAGAUCUGACCCUAACAGGCUCAAGGAUUUCAUCAAGGAGUCCCGAUUCCGCCAAAUUGUCGAGGAGUUUCGACUCCCCACUCUUCUCUCUCCGAUUCGUGACGAACCCGGGGAGGAAAAUUUCAAAGUACCUCUCACAACCGGGGAGUGGGCUUCCACUCGGAAAAAGAAGGCAAUGGAAGAAAGGGAAAUAGAACUAAGAAAAAGGAGAAGGGAAGCGGAGAAGAGAGAAAGACAAAAAUAUAGAGAAGAAAUGGCUAACAUCAACGAAUGGAGGGAAUGGAAGCCGGAAGAGUUCUAUUGGAAAGAAAGGGAAGGGAGUGAAGAAUAGGGUGUGCUCCGGCGUUAUUAUGAACAAUUAAAAUUUUUUUUUAAGGAAUCCAUCGUGUUUCCUUACGUGACUUAGAGUGAAGAAUAGGGUGUGCUCCGGCGUUAUUAUAAACCAAGUGAUAUUUUUUUUAA